UAUAUAGGUAUCUGUCAUGCAAUGCCAAUCUAUUGAUGGGAUCCUAAAUCUACGGGAGGAACUGUUCCAAAUUAAAUGUAGGGGAUUUCUUUCAUUUUCUAGACAAAUAUCAUAAUCUAAGUCCACAUCGCUAUUAUUGCAUAAGUUUGCAGACAGUCGGUCGAAUAUUAUUAUGCAGUGCCUGUCUAAUAUUACCUAAUUAAUUCUCUUUUUGUUCAUUUGCAUGUAGAACAUACGAACAAGCUUUUUUUCGGCGUCUAGGUAAGUAUCCUAUGUAUUCAACGAUAUAUACCUACAUAAUUAAGAUAGAAAAUGGAAAACUAAAUAUCUACCGAGCUACCUACCUACAAUUUUGUUGUAUAGGGAAACUUAUUGAGCUUUUACUACUUUUGCAGGUACCUGCCUACUUUUUUAUUUGAAAUUAUUUAUUUAUACCUAAGGCUUUAGUUAAAUGUAGUAGGUAGGUAUUUCGUUUUGCUAUAAAGCUAUUGCGCCCGUCAUCCCAUCUGACCUAGUAAUUUUACAGACGGAAGUUUUAAAGAACGAACUGACACGGAUAAGUGUUCCGGAGUCUAUCGCUGGCAGAUAACUUGCUGUUCGCGCAAGUGGCUACUGAAGAAAGUAAAUGGACGAUCGCAGCAUCGAACGUCAGCCUGUCUCUCGCCAAGAGAGAAUGUGCGAUAUAUAAGCCACUAACUUGACUCGCCAUUCGGUAGUUUUUUAACUGCACCGCGGACGCACACUUGUACGACAAUGGAAAUUCCGAAAUUAAUUAUAUUGCUGUGUUGCUCAUAUUAUGGCUUUGCAUCACAUGAGUCACAUCACGUCCAAACUAUACCCGUGGAGAACUAUGAAACUGAACUGCAAGUUCUUGGUGAACACGUAGAAAUUCCUGAAACUCCGGUAAGAGUGGUAAAAAUCACCAAAACUGUGGCUGUCAAGGUACCCGUGCCAUAUCCAGUAAAAGUGAUCGAAAAGGUGCCUUAUCCUGUUCACAUCAAUAAGCCUUACCCCGUCCCCGUGCCACAAAUAGUUAAAGUUCCCCACGUUGAAAGCCCCCAGCAACUGCACGGACAUGAAGCUCUCGGAAGCCAAGGUAGCCACUAUCCUGGCAACUCUUACCAAGUACAAGAAUCACAUGCGCGUGGCGGCCACUCAGACGGAGACUCGUUCGGUCCAGAAAGUCAAUCAUACAACGGAGGCAACUCCGGCCAUAUUCAAAGUUUUUUACCCCACAGUGAUGAGUAUUCUUCCGAAGGAUCAUCUGGUAAUUCCUACGGAGCACCGUCAUCCAGUUACUACGGCGGGAGCGAUGCUGAAUCUUUUGAAUCCAGAAACUACAAUCAAGCAGUAAAACCCCACAAAACGAAUGCAAAUGUCAACACUUUCAAAUACCACUAAUUCAGCAUACCUACCGAUAGGUUUGUAGGAAAGUACCUGACUGGUUUGUUUUUAAACAUUAACCACCUUAUUACUAAACGACAUAACUUUUGUCUGUGAUAACCCUUUUUUUUAUUCCGGACUAUUUUCCAAAAAAAGCAUGUGUUUAUAUAGUGUAAUUACAAAAAAGAUUAACAGACGUUUAAUGCGUGUUUAAGAAAUUUUUGUGCGCGAUAUUUUUUUUUUUUCACAUACGGUUCAAACUUCUAUCAUUUUUUGUAAUAACACUAUAUAAAUUGUUUGAAAUGCAUGGUAGCACUGUAAAUGGAAAAUCAACAGAUAAUUAUUGUACAAACAUAGAUUUAUACUUUCCAUUAGAGAUGGAAAUGGCAUUCCUCAAUUGUUGAUUAUUUCAGAAUUUCUUAGCAACGGGGUAGGAUACUGCCAGCAACGAUGUUUAUGUAGUUUUUAUAUUUAUGAUUGUGAUGAGCGGGCGUGUUGGAACAGUAAUAUUUAUUGUUAAGGCUAUAUUUCUGUUUCUUUUGUUGUUGCUAGAUGUGUAUUGUAUAAAUAUAAUUGUUAUUUUGUUUCAAUAAAUUAUAAAUAAGUAUUAAAAAA